CCCGCGCGCCUCGUGCCUCGCGCCUCGCGCCUCGCGCCACGUCCCCGCCCCGGGCCCUGCGCGCCGCGGAGUUGGCGGCUGGGCGGGCGCGGGCCUGGGUGUGGCCGGCGACACUCGGCGGCGCUGCGCUCUGCGGGCUGGCUCGGCGCUCUGGGGCUGCCGCGCGCCCCGCGGACCCCGGCUCCCUGCAGUGGUUGGAAGCGCCUGCUCUUGGCUGAAGGACCUCGGCUCCCACGAUGAGUGAGCUGGAGCAGCUGCGCCAGGAGGCGGAGCAGCUGCGGAAUCAGAUCCAGGAUGCUAGGAAGGCGUGUAAUGAUGCCACACUCAUUCAGAUCACAUCGAAUAUGGACUCCGUGGGUCGCAUCCAGAUGCGCACUCGGCGCACCCUUCGGGGCCACCUGGCUAAGAUCUAUGCGAUGCACUGGGGAUAUGAUUCAAGGCUGCUAGUCAGUGCUUCUCAAGAUGGAAAAUUAAUUAUUUGGGAUAGCUAUACAACAAAUAAGAUGCACGCUAUUCCCUUGCGCUCCUCCUGGGUGAUGACGUGUGCUUAUGCGCCCUCUGGCAAUUACGUGGCUUGUGGAGGCCUGGACAACAUCUGCUCCAUCUAUAACCUGAAGACCCGAGAGGGAAACGUGAGAGUGAGCCGAGAGUUACCUGGUCACACGGGCUACUUGUCCUGCUGUCGGUUUUUGGACGACAGUCAAAUUGUGACGAGUUCAGGGGAUACAACCUGUGCUCUGUGGGACAUCGAAACCGCCCAGCAGACCACCACAUUCACCGGGCACUCGGGUGACGUGAUGAGCCUGUCCCUCAGCCCUGACAUGCGGACUUUCGUCUCUGGUGCUUGCGACGCCUCCUCCAAACUAUGGGAUGUUCGAGACGGCAUGUGUCGACAGUCUUUCACGGGCCACGUGUCCGACAUCAACGCUGUCAGUUUUUUCCCAAAUGGCUAUGCUUUUGCCACCGGCUCCGAUGAUGCCACUUGCCGCCUCUUUGAUCUGCGUGCGGACCAGGAGUUGCUCAUGUAUUCUCAUGACAAUAUCAUCUGUGGCAUCACGUCUGUGGCCUUCUCCAAAAGUGGGCGCCUCCUCUUAGCUGGUUACGACGACUUUAAUUGUAACGUGUGGGACACGCUGAAAGGAGACCGUGCAGGUGUUCUUGCUGGUCACGACAACCGCGUCAGCUGCUUAGGUGUAACUGAUGACGGCAUGGCUGUGGCCACAGGCUCGUGGGACAGUUUUCUGAGGAUCUGGAAUUAAAUCAUGUCGUGCGUAAUUUCUAUUCUCCAUUGAUAUCUGGAGGAAUCAGUGCUACAGCCUAUAGCUGUGAAAAAAAAAAUCCUACCUUCUAUUUGCAAGUGAAGAUUUUUCUAUUGAGCCUAUGAUGAACAAAAUGAAAUUCCAGUAAACUUCAACACAAGAUGAAAAACAACAAAAGGCGAAGCUGCUUGCUGAGAUCAAAAGGAUGGGGGUCUUUGAAGAGUUGAGUUUAUUUAGAUGGAUGAAUUUUUGUAGUCAGAUUCCUUUCUUUUGAAAAAUGUCCACAUUAUAGCAGCCUACCAUGUUUUAAUGCUUAUUUGUGUGUGUAUGUUUUUUUUUUUUAAAGAACUGCAUUUAAAAUUUUGUCUAUGUAAGCCAUGUCCUCUUUUUGAGUUUUGUAAUGGAGAAGCCAAGCAGAGUCAGGGGUGGAAAGGAUACGUGUUGCCUAUAUAUGUAGGAAAGCCAUUCCUCAAUGUGAUCCUGGGGGCUCAUGAUUAGAUCGCCAAGAGACUCAGGUACUUCUGAGAGAAGUCAUUUGAAACAUUGUUAGGUUCUGGUGUGUCUUUUUUUCAGUUUAUGUGAAUGUUCAUUUUCAGUCCUCUGAGGGAGAAGCAAAUCUCAAGGCCAGGGAUUAGGGAUUUCACUGAAAUUUUAGACAUCUCUUAAAAGAUCUGAUGAAUAAUAGGUGGGUAGAGGCAACCCACUUCGAUGUCUCUUGGCACUUUGAAGGCCUGGUUGUAAGAUGAUGCUCUGAGUAGCUCUGCAUAGACGGAUUUCCCUUCUGACUUCAUUUCCUGGAAUUGAGUCUGUAAUGCAUUCAUUUCAGGAGUUUGGACAUUUGGAUUGUUCCUGUAUCAGAAACUUCCAUCCUAGUGUGCCCUAUCUAGUAGGUUUCUAGAUAGGAAAUAUAAUCCCAUGACAUAUUUUUGAAAGAUGUGUAAAAGCUCAUCCAUCAUCAACGAAGUCUGACUAGUUAGGAUGUAAUGGAGAUGGCUUUAUGAAAGUCUGGUGACAUAACUUAAAAUCUCAAUGGGUAACUGUCUGCCUUCAAAAUUUUCUAAACUAAAAAAUAAAACUAAACAUGUAGGCUUUUGCUCUUCUGUAACAUUUCUUUCCUCAGCACAGAGUACUGAUUUCCAAGUGGUUUUGCUUCAGAGAAUUCCCAGACCUAAAAAGCCAAAAGGAAAACUCCAAGAAAAUUGUGGAAGGAGUCAAAGGAAAAUACUGAGCAGUGUGUCUGCUUGUCAGUGAUAUCUGUCUAUUCCUAGAAGGGCCCCUGAAUUGGAACGAAAGUCAUUUGCUUCAGAGAAGCAAAUCUAAAGACUUGGGUUUCCUCCUUGGAUUUUCUCUUUCAAAUACACGCGAAUGAUUGACAGGAAAAGAUUGUUUGUCUUGCUUGAUGGUGAAGUCAUAGGUUAUCCCCAUAUUAUAUAGAACUGCAUUUGUUUCGUACAAAACACUGUCAGUUGCCAUUGAAGUGGGUCUCUGUUAACUUUUGGUCACCUGUAACUCUAAACCUAAAUACUCCUAAACUUCACCUGUAGAUUUUCAUUUUUAUAUUGUGAAUGUGCUUGUGAGUUGUAAUAAUGAAAUAUCAGGUUUGUGUCAGAUCAGUGGAUAGUAAAAAAAAAAAAAAACUAUACAAGAAGAUUAAGAUGUAGGACCAGAACAGAAUAUUGUCAAAGGAUUGCAUGAAUGUAUAUUUAUAUGCAUAUAUAAAAUUUCCAUUAGCUUUUUAGCUAUUAAUAUUUGUGGUCUAUUUAUUUCAUAAAGAGCAGCUCUUUGAGAUAAGACAAGAAUAUUUUUCUGUGUUCUUGUGUUUUGCAGUGUCAGGAAUUGAACCCAGGGCCUCAAACAUGCAAAACAAAUGCUGUGCCAAUGAGCUACACCCCAGCCCCAAGAAAAGAACAUGUUAAAGGACUGUGUUUAUUUUCCCAAAAGUGAGGAGAGAAGGGUUUACCAUGUACUCUAUUCCAAAAUUGAGUUCAAGGAUCACUUGUAUAUGCAAAAUAUCCUUCUAUAGGAAAAAAAGUACUCCCCUUUGAAAAUUAUUCCAGUAACAAGAUACUUUAGUCAGAGAAACACAGGGACUAUAGGAAUUCUGUGGUCUUAAACUUGUUGAAAAAAACAUUGUGAGGCUGGGAGUGUGUAACACGAACCUUGCAUAUGUGAGGCCCUGAAUUUGAUCUCUAGCACCACAGAAAGAGAAAAGUUUAGUAUCAAGGUCUGUAUAUAUAGUUUAAAAGCAAUUCCCAUACAUAUUAUCAGGCAACUAAAACCUAGUCACUGUAGAGGCUAGUUGCAUAUGACCAAAUGAUGGCCUCAUAACCAUGUUAACUUUCUAAAUCUAUGCAUUCUAGUGAUUCUAGUUCCAAUAGCUAAAACUUUUUGUUGAAGUUUGAGUUCAGCUACUUGUCUAAUUCUGUGGCGCAUAGUUUUUUGAAAUCUGUGUAAGAGAAUAUAAUUUGUAAAAACAAUGUAUAGUUUGAAUCUGGGUUUUCUUUCAAGGCGUAGCAGUUUGAUCAAAUGUAGCUUCUAAGGAAUUUGCAUCAGAGCAGUUAUUCGGUACCUGUUUUCUUUUUCAUCUUUUUUUCGUUGAAGUUUAACGUGCUUCACUUGUUUUAUUUAUACUUUCACUUCAUAAAGAUUAGUUUAUUGAGAUCUGGCAAGAGUAUUUUAAAGGCACACACUCUCGAGCUGUGUACAGGGGUUAAGACGCUUGCCUGGCAUACACCUGGCCUACGUUCUAUCUUUGGUACCACACAUGGUCCCCCAAGCACUGCCAGGAAGGAUCUCUGAGCACAAAGCCAGAAGCAAGCCCUGGGCACGGCCAGGUGUGGCCCAACAGGCACAGCCUCUUUUCUGUAAGAAAGUGAUAGUGCUGGCUGUGUUGUUCGCCAAGUCAUCCCCCAUCCCUGAAGAAAGCAGUUCUUGUUCUGUUCUCCACAAGGUCUGUGCUGAGAACAGGGAGAACGGGCCUUUGUGCUGAUGGACAGGCUUCAUUUGAGGCAGUUGCACUAUUGGUGGAUCCAAGCACUGUCUCCAAGUCAGAAAUUUUAGAACUGGGAUGCCCUAGCUACACAUACCAUAUGAUGUUCCAUCUUUAUAGAUGCACAGAGUUGGGCUUAUUAAUAGUUUAGACUCAGCUGAAUUAUAGCAUGAGGAUGAUGGCGAACUUUCAGAGAAAAGGGAUGUAGGUGCUUUUGGAAUGUUACACAGUUGUAAAGCUAACCUGUUGAUCUUCACCUCUUCAGGUGACAAAAUGAGAUUAAAAUAUACUUACCGUGCCAUUAUCACACACACAGGAAAAUCAGUGCUUUACUUGCGAAUGUUUCACAUUAUAAACAAUUGAAUCCUUGUGGCUUAAUUGGUAAUGUGCUUAUACUUUGGGAAAUGGUUUAAUGUCUCAAAUAGAUCCCUUAAAUAAUCAUGGUCUUUCUAGAAUAUGUAGAAUGUGAAUCAGACUUAAGAAAAUUUUAAAAUCUAUUAUGUUCAGUUUCUAUUUUUUCAAUUUGCCAUUAUGGAAAACAAACUUUAAACUAUUUCACUCUUAGAUUCAAACAUGUUAGACCAUCUUUCUUGUGAGAAAAGUGCACAGUGAAUACAGCUGGAAUUUUAAGUUACACUAACUGUGAAAUAUGUGUCAUACACUCCAUUGUGAGUUUCCUGAAGUUGUGCUAGAUUUUACAAUAUUGAUUACAAUGGGUACUCCUCAGUGAUUGGCAGUUGAAUGUGUAAGCUAGCUUUCUGUGUUUAAAAAAGUAAUGAUUGUUGGUACACUUUAUAUUUUUGCAUAUUUGUUUGCAUGUUGAUAAAAUUUCCUUUUGCUUCCUGAAAUUCAAUGACUAAUUCUAUAAAAGUUAAAGUGCAACAUUAUGAAAAAGAAGUUUCAACUGGUGUUAGUGCCCAAAAAUCUUAAAUUUUUUUUUAAUAACUAGAAUUUCAGUGAUAUACUUGGUAAAUACUUCAAGCCUUUUCUCUUAUACAAUGGUGCUCUAUCCUACUGUCUCUUUUCAAAGAAGCAUCUGAACACUUGUAUUUUGCAUAUUGUAUCCAAAGGCAUCCACAUCUCAGUGGGUAGUGGGUCAAGUGGACAUUUUACUUCACCUAAAAUAAUUUUUACACAUUUGUGGCAAACUAAGUCUGUAGAAGGACAAUAGACAAGGUGAACCUCCUAGAUUAAAGCUCUUAAAGAAGCUUUAAACUAAACUAUGGACUUAUACCAUGGCUUAACAGUAUUCUUGGAUCUUUCUUGCAGUGAAUCAUCCCUUUAUUUGUACAGUAGCUGUGAAAUGUUGCUGUGGAUUGGUAUACUAAUCAAUAAAGUGCAUUUAACCAGA